AGCGGAGGACUGUAGUCGUUCAGCUGUUAUCCUUAGGUCGCUGGUUCGAAUCCGGCAGGUCGGAUAUUUUUUCAACUUUUUUUAUUUAAUUUUUUUAGCUUUUAAAAAAACUAUGCAUAUUCCAUAUAAAAAAAAAACACAUUAUGUGUAUAUAUUAGUAAUAUUACUUAUUUUAUUUUUGAUAAAAAGUUUACCAAACAAAGACGAAUAUUGAGCAAACAAACUCAAAAUUUAUUCAACAAUCAUCAGCCGAAAAAUCCAAGAUCCGUCAUUACAUUGACCCUUUUUCAGAUCGCGCGAUUAUGGCGAACUCAUUGCGAUUGUACCUAACAUGCAUUCGGAACACUCUAGAGGCCGCCUUGUGCUUGCAGAAUUUUCCCUGUCAAGAAGUGGAAAGGCACAAUAAACCAGAAGUUGAACUCAAGACCAGUCCAGAGCUUCUACUGAAUCCAGUUCUGAUAUGUAGAAAUGAAGCCGAGAAAUGUUUGAUAGAAACAUCUAUAAAUUCGUUGCGUAUAAGCCUUAAGGUUAAGCAAGCAGAUGAACUUGAGAACAUACUGACAAAGAAGUUUCUUAGAUUUUUGUCCAUGAGAGCAGAAGCAUUUCAAGUAUUAAGGAGAAAACCUGUGCAGGGGUAUGACAUCAGUUUUCUCAUUACCAAUUAUCACUGCGAGGACAUGCAGAAGCAGAAACUGAUAGAAUUUAUAGUUCAAUUCAUGGAGGACAUCGAUAAAGAGAUUAGUGAACUGAAAUUGUCUGUGAAUACACGAGGGAGGCUCGUUGCUACGGAGUUCCUGAAGCAAUUCAUCUGAUUACUUCCCAUUUGCUGAGUCGAAACCUCAUCUUGUAGCAUAUGAAAAGUUGUAGAACAUUUUGGGAAAUGCAGUUCCAGAGGUUUUAGCAACGUUGAAUGGUGGAUUGUUAUUACUUGUGUAAAUUCAAGAAAAAUCUUGAUGCGUAACCUCAUUGCAUUCA